ACCAGUUCACUUCCUACAUUCCUCUGGGGGUGAUUGUGGGUCAAGUGUUGCUCAUUUUCCUGCUGGUGUUCUUCACAGAAAAGUUCUUCGUCCACAGAGACCAUGGCCACUCGCUUCCCAAACACACCGAGAGGUUCUCUGCUCUCAAAGCCAUGGAACUCACGAGUAGCGCUGUCCCACGCAGGAACUUAAAUGAUGACUUGAACUAUGGGACAGAGAUACAUCAGCAGGGGGGCGGGGCAAUGGGUGGGGGCACUUAUUCCUCCGACAGAGACAGAGACAGAGACAGAGACAGAGUAGACUACAGAGGUCAUGCUGGUCCAGUGAACUACCACACAUAUCAGACGGUGACAGGCGGCAGCGGCGCCAUCAUUUGAGUGCAGGGCAUUGAAAAGAGAGAGAGAGAGAGAGAGAAAAAGGAAGAAUUAAAUAUAAAGUAUAUCAUAGUCCCACUUUGUAAUGACAAUAACUUUAUUUAUACUUUUUGCCCAUUAAUUUAUCACAUUUCAAAGAUUACUGAAUUUUUAAGCCUUGAAACAAAUUUUAAACUAUU